ACGCCUCUGGGAGCCUCCCUGGAUGAGCAAAGCAAUCCUCUGUUGAAGGGCAUGCUGGUGAGAAAUGGAGGAAGUUUUGAAGAUGACUUAUCCCUGGGUGCCGAAGCUAAUCAUCUACGGAGUGAUGACCAUAUGGAAACGUGCAAUGGUGUGCCGGCGAAGGAGAGGAGGCUGCAGUUCCACCAGAAGGGGAGAAGUAUGAACUCCACCGGGUCUGGAAAAAGCAGUGCGACUGUUUCAAGUGUUUCUGAAUUACUGGAGCUUUAUGAGGAAGAUCCUGAAGAAGUGCUCUAUAACCUUGGGUUUGGAAGAGAUGAACCAGAUAUUGCUUCAAAAAUUCCAGCGAGAUUUUUUAAUUCAUCAUCAUUUGCCAGAGGAAUAGAUAUCAAAGUCUUUUUGAAUGCCCAAAUACAGCGCAUGGAAGUGGAAAAUCCAAAUUUUGCUUUAACAAGUCGUUUUCGUCAGAUUGAAGUGCUUACUACUGUGGCCAAUGCUUUUUCUUCUUUGUAUUCUCAAGUUUCUGGGACUCCCUUGCAAAAAAUUGGUAGUAUGAAUUCAGUGUCUUCCAGCAAAGAGGCAUCCAGCCCUCCACCUUUAAAUCGCAGCAAUACAGCCAGUCGGUUGAUGAAGACCUUGUCAAAGCUCAAUCUGUGCGGCACACAGCAAGGCGAUGGUAGCAGCUGCUCGACCCCUUCACCUGUUGAAAAAGGGAAAAGUCCAGCUGAACCAGGGAGUGAGGAAAGCGAUGUUAAAAAUGAAUAUAAAUUACCAAAAUACUCUAAAAAGAAAGACUCUGCCUCUUUUUUGGCUACUGUAAAGGAGGAGAUAGCCAGUAGUCAGACAAAUGCUGCAGGCUCACAUAAACCUGCAAACCUUCCUGCUGGGACUGAGGAUAAGCAAGAAGGUACUGUGUCUCCAGCAGAUGUGCAGAGCAGCAGGUUGGCAAGUGCCCAGGAUGGACUGUGUGAAGAAUCUGGUCCUUUGGACUCGCCAAGCCUCAGCAGCAGUUCCAGUACAUCCAACAGCAGCACCUCGACACAAAGGCUGCCCACAGCAUCGUCAGGUAGAGACCCCUGCGCUCCACUCCCAAACCCGUCCAUAAUGAAUCUCAUGCUGCAGCAGAAGGACUCCUUUGAGAUGGAAGAGAUCCAGAGUACAGAGGGGGAUCUACCGCACGUUCCAGCGUCUCACCAGCUGGCAGUGACCAAGUCAAGGAAAGAUCAGCUAUUACGGAGUGCGAGUCAGCACUCUGACAGCAGUGGCUUCGCUGAGGACUCCUCCACAGAUUGUUCUCCGUUUAAUCAGCUUCAGGUUCAGGAGUCUUUGCAGGGCAUGGGAAGUAGUGCAGACAGCUGUGACAGUGAGACAACCGUGACGUCGCAUAGUGAAGAACAGAAGACACCGGUAGCCAAGGAACUGCCCUGUUUCAGUAAGUUUGAGGAGGAGGAAGAUGAGGAUGAGGAAGAAGAUAUCAUCUCUCAAGUAGAGAGACAAAAGGUUGGGGUACCUUCUGAGAAUAGAAGGAGUGAAGAUAGAAAAAUUAUUGACUCUGAAACUGAACAAAAUCUAGGAGGAGGAAUCAAGUUAUCUCGUGUAUCAGAGACAGUCCAAGGAGAGGUCAGCUCUAAAGAGGAAGAUAUUUCCAGUCAGCAAAAAGACCUGGAGCUGCUGGAGGAAGGCAGCGUGUUUGAGUUUCCUCAGUACCACACGCACCAUAUCCUCAGGUCAAUGGAGUCUCUGGGAGGUGGCAGCUCCUCCCCAUCGUCUGUGGACAGGGUUCACAUUGCUUUGCAAAGAGCCGAGAUGAGGAUCAUCAGCACAUCGGAUUCCAGGGCCGGGCGCUCUCUGCUCAAGUCAAAAGAUCUCCUGAGGAAGCAGAGACUCUGGUUUGCUGAAUCGGGCUAUCCUCUAAGGCGGUCUCAGUCUCUUCCAACUGCAUUGCUGAAUCCAGUGAAAGUGGUGUCUUCUGUAAAUGUCCAGUUAACUCCAGGAAAAGAGACUCUGUGCAGCCCUCCGUCUUUCACCUACAAGUACACACGUGUGGAGGGAGACGAGAAAGCGACGUCUGAUAAUGACAAAAGUGAGGGUGAGGCAGCCGCCAGCCAGCCAGUGUGCAAAUCCACAUUGUUCAUUGCGCCUUCCUCCUCCAAAAAAGAAGUGCCCCAGACUGGGCCCAGCAGGCUGUCCGAGGAGGCCAGUCCCACCAGGGUACAGAGCUGCCUGCUGCACAUGCCAGCACACAUGUCCCAGUCGACGUGCUCCCUCCACUCCCUCCCCACUGAGUGGCAGGACAGACCGCUCUGUGAGCAUGUAAGGACGCUGAGUACCCACAGCGUCCCGAGCAUCUCUGGUUCUUCCUUUGGCACCUUGCUUUCCCCCUUCAGCUGUCCCUUCUCUGCAAGGCAUGCUGGAUUUCCUCAUCGACCUCAUGUCAUCAACCCACCCUCCACUGUGGAGAUGCAGCUUCGCCGGGUCCUACAUGACAUCAGAAACUCUCUGCAGAACCUCUCACAGUACCCGGUGAUGAGGGGUCAGGAUCUUUCAGCAGCCACCGGUUACACUACUCAGAGAUCGUCCAUUCUACCUCUCUAUGAAAAUACUUUCCAGGAGCUACAAGUGGUAAGGCGAAAUCUAAACUUAUUCAGAACCCAGAUGAUGGAUUUGGAAUUGACUAUGUUACGUCAACAGACAACAGUUUAUCAGCAUAUGACAGAAGAGGAAAGAUAUGAAGCUGAUCAGCUACAGAGCUUGAGAAAGUCUGUCCGCAUGGAGUUACAGGAGUUAGAGAUGCAGUUAGAAGAACGUCUGCUUGCUUUGGAAGACCAGCUGAGAAGUCUGCACAUGUCUUCGCCUUACAGACCUCAGACACACAUAGGUAUGUAUGGAAGCAGAAGCGCUGAUAAUCUAUCAUGCCCUUCUCCAUUGAAUGUCAUUGAACCGGUCUCCGAACUUAUUCGAGAGCAAUCAUUUCUGAAGUCUGAACUAGGCUUAGGACUAGGAGAUCUUGGACUGGAAACUCUCCCAGCAGAGGGUGCAGAGUCGGUAUUCUCCCAUGGAAACUCUGAUUCCUCUUCAGUGUGCUCCGGUCACGCAGGUAGAAAGGCUGUUGCUGGAUCCUCUGAACUAACAGGAAAGUCAAAGGGUCAAAGCAAGAAGUUAUACCGGGCCUCUGUUGCCUUAACACCAACUCCCCCGGUGAGAGCAGGCGCUGGGCAGCAAGUGGAAAGCUCUGAGGAGCUUGCAGAUUCCAAGCCAGAGGAGGAUCACAAACUUGAAAAAGUCCCUCUCGUGCCUUUGGUUGAUGAAAUCCACAGAAGUGUGGAGCAGGAGGAGCUGCAGCAAGUCAUACGGGAGAUCAAGGAAUCUAUUGUUGGUGAAAUACGACGAGAAAUAGUAAGUGGAUUGUUAGCAGCUGUGUCACCCCAAAGCAGAUCUGCAACUGCAAAACAAGAUAUGCAGCCAUGAAAUGGGUACUACAGGUUGGAUGUGGUCCGAAAUGCGGUGGGAUUCUGCUUUGGGCGCCGUACGCUGGCGGAAGUGUCGAGUUAGUUUGCUUCAGGAGAUGUUAAAGCUGCUGAGAUAGGCUACUGUAUUUGACGCUUCGUUCUAUGAUGUGUACCUUUCCUUGAGUUCAUCUAUAACGACUUAGACACUUUAACUAGUUCAUUAAUUUCCUUAAAGCAUCAACAAAGCUGU